AAUAAUUUUUGUUUGUUGCGCAAUAAAUAAAAUAUCAACAGUAACCGCUCAAUUAACCGAACAUACAGAUUCCCAUCGUCAUCUGAAAAAUCAACAAGUUGAACUCAUAAUGGCGCAAAACAAUUUCAUGGACAAAUUACGAAUGUUUUUGGGCAUAAAACAGGAUCCGCCUAGAAAUGAUUUUAGAAAUCCGAUUUGGAGCUCCGACGACGAAGAUGACGGUGAUGAGCUGUACACCAGGCACGAAAUGAAAGACUUCAACACUGCUAUGGACAUUCACCAAGAGUUCUCAAGGCAGAUGCAUGAAAUGAUCGAAACCUUCAGUACUAUGUUUGGAGAUGUAAAGACAUUCAUCAACGAGAACCCCUUUGAUUCAUUUACGACCAUCAACCCACUCCCUCCAGAGCAUGGUGAACAAGAAAAUUUCCCUGGAGGUAACAUACGGGACUAUUAUCUGAAGCCAGGCUACCACAAUCGCCAACAAGAGCAGAUAAAAGAAGAUAUAGAUUUAGACGGUAAAAUAUCGUCUAAUGAAAUAUCUGGUUUACUCAAAACAAAGAAAGACAAUCAGAUUGUUCCUGUCACACCAUUCAAUGGGGAGUUAGUACCGGGUCGGUCAUUUUGUCAGACGAUCAUCACAACAAGUGUAACUAAGCCUGAUGGAUCAGUUGAGACCAGACGGAUAGUGAAAAGAGGCAAUGAAAUUGUUGAAGAAACAGUCACAUCUACCACCACAGGAACUGACACGCGAAUGCCACCACUCAACCCAGAAGAAAUCACAUACCCAGUGCAAUGAGCAGCCGUGAGGACAUAAAGGUCGUUGAUGAGGGAUCCACCACAGAAAAACCUCCCAUUGUACAUCAACAUAGCCAUCCAGGGAUAUUCGCGCUCUUUUGUCUCGUACCCCCCGACUAUACGACGUUUUGUACGUGCCACACCACAUUCUGAAAACGAAAAGUAGUGUAACCCCAUAAUGACAUGUCACUUAAAAGCAAAUUCCUAGUUACAGAUAUGAUAUUAAAUAGAAUUACAGAACUUCAAACGC